AUGGACUCAGCCAAGAAGAAUCGGAAUCGCGCCGCUUGCCGCCGUUGCCAGAGACGGAAGAUCCGUUGUGACGGACAGGCCCCUCGUUGUGGAUCAUGUCACAAAGCCAACGUUCCCUGCAUUAGCGAUGGGAAGCAGGUGGUUCAUCGCUCGUAUAUUGCGAGCAUGGAAAAGCGCAUCAAAUGGUUGGAAAUGACUCUUCAAGAAAGCUGUCCUAACGUGGAUCUGAGCGAAGCUCCAAACCGGGAAACUGCUCGACAGGAUGAUUCGGUAUUGCUUGAUGACGAGCACGAGGAGCCAUCCAUUCUUAGUCCCCAGCAGCCACGUAUCGUGGAUGAGGAUCCUGGUGUAGACCAACGCAGAAUCCAAAGCCCCAUCGGUUCAACCCGUCCUCUGCGUGCUGCUCCACGAAUGGAAUCUCGACAAGCCCAUGAGGUUGGCUUAGUUUCACUUUCUCCGGGAGGCGAGCCGCGGUAUAUUGGACCAUCCAGCGGGUACUUCUUCGCUAAUCUUGUUUUCUCGAACGCCGGUCGACAACAACAGCGAGGGGGUAUUAUCAGUGAUCCUGCCGGCACAGCUCCGGGGAAUCCGGCUUCUUUAGCAGCGGAGCUUCUCCAUACACCUACGUCUCUGCCGCCACGAAGGGAGAGCUGUGAGGAGUUGUCAUCCAAGUACUUCCAAACGAUCCAUAUUAGCUACCCAUUCCUCCACCAACCAUCUCAUAUGGAGUAUAUCGAACAAAUGUAUACUUCCGAGCAAGUGUCACCAGUAGUAGCAUACCAGGUCUAUAUGGUCUUGGCCAUCGCUGCCUCUGAUCUUUCGCGGAGAUCUAAACUUCGCCUUCCCGCAGAGGGAUAUUACACCUCAGCCAUGCAAUAUUUCAACCAGUUCUGUCCUGAUGGCUCGCUAGCUGGGCUACAAUCACUGCUGCUACUCAUGAUCUAUGCUUUGCACAAUCCGUCUUGCGGUGUCAAUAUCUGGAAUCUCAAUUACCAGUGUCUGGCAUCGCUUAUAGAUCUCGGUUUGCAGCGAGAUAUUCGCUGUACACCUUCCUUGAUAAUGCCUCUCCUUGAGCUGGAGAUGAGAACGAGAGUGUUUUGGGUGGUUUACACGUUUGACCGGACCAUCGGUACGAUGAUGGGACGGCCCGUCGGCAUCAGAGACGAGGCUUGCGACUUGCGACUUCCAAUGGACAUAGCAGAUCAAGAUCUCCUGGAGAAUGAUCCGCACGAACGGAAUGCAGAGGAACAAUUUUCGCACAUCUCUUUUGGGAUACAUUUGUUCAAAGUCGCUCGCUUGAACUCGGAGAUUAAAUACGUCAUGCAUAGUAUCUCUCGAGAGGCUCCGGCCUAUGCCUACCCACCUGUGAAAGAUAUCUUCGGAUGGCAAAACGGGAUGCUCGAAAGGCUGCGAAGCUGGCGAUCCGAGAUCCCACAAUCCGAUAUCAGCAUGAGCGCGAAGCUUUGCGAGGCGAAAUACCACGAGAUGAUGAUUCUUGUAUUACGGCCGAGUCCCGCCAUCCCAGAGCCAUCGGAGCAGUCCGCGGUUUUAUGUUUCCGACAUGCGAUGGCGCUACUUGAAAGCUUUCGUGAUUUAUACAAGAAUGACUGCCUGCAAUAUAGCCGAUUAGUGGUACAUUCAAUCUUUCUAAGCACUCUCGUCGUUCUGCACAGCAUUUGGAAGUUGCCCGACGUUGCUGCAAAUAUUCACAUUGACGAGCUAUCGGCCAACUUGACUUCGUCGCUCAACAUCCUAAGCAGCAUUGGCGAGUAUUGGCUGGAGGCCCAGCGCGCAAGGGAUUGUAUAGAAGAAAUAUCUGGGGUCACCAUGAGACGACUGUUAAAAACCCGAUGUGCGCCAGGGGCGUCUGGUACGCCCCGACUUCGGUCGAGGGGUCGCACGAAUAACCAAGAUCUACAGUUCACUUCUUCGCAAGCUUCGACGAAUCCAGAUUCUGGUGGUCAAGAGCAACAGGUCGAUCCGGGAAUCCUGGCAACAAAUUCAGCGGGCUUGGACGACCCCGAAUUAGGGCUCCCCGGCGCGUUAUUAGGUGACUCCGAGUCGUUACAACUCUUCGGUGACCCGGCGCUUGACGGCCUGUUCGGGAUGACAGGAGUCCCUGACUUCGAUGGAUUAAUGUGGGAGUUUUUCAACAUUCCCCAAUGA